UUUGACAUUGUCGGAUGUUAGCAUCUCAUUUCUUAAAACCGCGAUUUUUAUAGUAAAUUUGACAAAAUUAUUAAUAAUUAAUAAUUAAUACGCAGUUUAAUCGUGAGAUGCUCAUACUUGAGAUGCUAACUUCGCACACUCGUUUUUGCACACAUAUUGAACAUGUAUUGAAGGAAAAUAUGGUAAUACUUAACAAGUAUUUCGUUAUAUAAAAAGUAUGUAAGACAAUUAAGGGAUUUAGUUACAAUCUGAUUGUGAAAGUAGGCGAGAGAUCUGGCUUCCUUAUAUGAAUAUCACAUUCGCCAGUUUCAACGGCAUUAGUAUGAUACUAGGAUCAUAUCCAGAAACGAGUAAGGAGAUUUCUUGUACAUGCAGUGAUAAAAUUUCUUUUCAUCCAGCUUAAAAAAAUAAAUCAGAUUAUUCGACAAUAUUUAUUCCACUGAUGCAUUUAGAAUUAAUGGACGAUUUUUAAAAAUUUUAGACAAGAGAUGCAAUCAGAAAAACUAAAUUUGAAUAAAAAUACAGGUCGGAACUUACGGGAAUUGUUAGGAACUGCUUGCAUUGUUCUGUUCGUUCCGCUCAUUGUGAUCACUUUGAUUUUUUUAUACAUCUAUCGUCGUUCGGUUGGGAUCGUGUUAAGAAUCCAAUUAAAAAACAAGUUUGCCGGUCUCUUAAAAGGUACAGAUUAUGUAUGGGCCGUUGAAGACACAGUUUCUUUAUCCGUUAUCAAUAUCUUGAUGAUACUGGAGAAGGCUGCGGAAAACUCGAACGCGGGGUUCUUGAAGGAUUUUAGUAAUCUAGUAAAUGAUCGCAUUGUUUCGAAGGCCGCUGACACGACACUUGAGAAAUUAUUCUAUCUUCGAAGACAGAAAUUUGGUUAUUAUUUUUGGGAAAGAAGCGAGAAGAUAAACUUGGAAGACAGGAUCAGAUGGCUGAAUAACUGUGCGGGCGCUAACUGUGAUGGGUCCUGCGAGGAUGUCUUCAGCGAAUCCUUCAGGAAGACUUUGGAAAACGUAUACAACAGAUCGUUACCCAACGAUCACAUGGCCGGAUGGGAGAUUCUCAUCGGAAGACGCUGUCUGAAAUCCAGAUCUGUGGAAGAAGGUUGUUUAUCAUCUGAAGAAUGCUUUAAUACUAAUACUCGAAAAAUUCCCAUAUUAUUUCGCAUUCAUCAUUCCAUGGGCGAUGGAGUGGCCCUUCUAGGUCUAUUACUCAAGACAAUCGCCGAGGAAGAGGUAACAAAAGAAAUGAGAGUAAAAGUCAAGGGUAUUACCUCGGCAGACUUACGCAAUUCGGAUUGGAGCUUCCAGAACGAGACGAAUAUUGUACAAUUCUAUGAGAAGAAGAUCCUUGCCGCAUCGAUGCAUUUUACUUACGUAACGUUCUCACGAGUUGUGCAAGAUCUACGAGACUGUUUCCGUGCGUCGUUGAAAUUUUCUAUUAAUGCUACGAUCGAAUUGUUAAAACCGCAAGCGAAAAAAUUUGAUCGUACGUGGUUAAAUUUUAAAGAUAUUGUAUUAAAACGAAUGUACGAUAAACUUAAAGAGGUCACACAAUUGAUGAUAAUUUUACUAUCUUUUCCAAAAUUCUUUGUUCAACAACUUGCUACCCAGGACAUAGAUAAAAACGCUCUGCAUGGUCCACCUCAAACAGGUGAAAAGAUAGUAUCCUACUGGUUAGAGAACAAUGUGACAAACGAUAAAUCGCAGAAUCUUUUGACAAAAAUCCGCAAAAUAAGAAAGAAUACAGCUGCCAAAUUUGAGGACAUAGUAUUAGCAGCUUUUUCUGUUAGUGUGCACAAAUAUCAUUUACGUAUCGGCAAAUCAGUUCCCGAUGCAUUAACAACUAUUUUGCCAAUAAGAAUGUCAAAUGAAAAUUUAACGUUAGAUAACAAUUUUUCAAUUGGUUUCUUGCGCGUUUGCAUCUCCAAUGCAAGUGGACAAACGAUCAGCGAGCCACAUCGGGAUUCUCAAUUUUUUAAGCGUCUUCAAGACAUUUCAAGAGCAAAUAACGAGCUCAGAAAGAGUUCAGAUGUCUUGCUUAAUUUUUGGUUUAUGAAGUAUUUUUCGGCGCUAUUGCCGGUGAAAAUUUUAAAGGCUUUGCUUUCAAGUCACAGUACGAUGGCGUUUAGCAAUAUAUACGGGCCAGAAAAAAUUCGUAUUCUAAAUAAUUCCGUGAGCAACAUUGCUUUCUGGAUACCAAACAAAAGCACUACUGCUCUUGGUUUUUCUCUGUUAAGUUAUGGAAGCAACUUACACUUGUCUUUAAUAGCUGAUAAAUCAAUUGUAAAGGAUGGAAAAGCCUUUAUGGAGCUUUUAGAAAAUACUGUACAUGAAAUAGAUAUUGCUUAUAAUAAUAUUAUACUGACACGCUUAUAGAAGCUGUUAGAUCUUUCAAAAGAAACACUCAUGAAAAAAGAUAUCGGCGUGUUUUAUGAAAGGAGAGAGGGACUGAAAUAUUUUAUCUCUUUUACAUAAUUCUCUUAAAGUGAAUGUGUUAUAAGUACACAUGCACUUGUGUUAUAAGUACAAAUUGCUGUAAUACAUUUAUUAAUACAGUUUUUUACAGAAUCAUUUUCAGAGAUUAAUUAAUUUAAUCUUUUGCAUAAAUUUAUUUAAAACUAUAUUUUAUAAAAUUUUUGGAUCUAUACCAUUUUACUUUAGUAUGUAUACUAGUUAAAGAAUUAAAAAUUAUAUUUCUAUUGA